GGGUUAUUGGCUGCAUGUAAACGUAGUCAGUGACGGGCACAUCAUACAAAAAGGGCAUGUUUAUUUUGCUGGGGAAAACUGAAGAAGAGUUGGAGGUUGGCAAGAUAGAGCUGGUCAUUGUGCACCACGGCUCUGUGUCCUUUGUCUCAGAAAAAUAUUGUUUUGUUAAGUUGAGGGACAUUGGGGUCUACAGUGUUUUGGGGACACCCCAAGAGCAGUUUGUUUGCGUGAGGCAUGAUGAUCUACUGGAUUAUUAUCCAUUGCCAUCCUACACAAUGUGUGAUAUUACAAUGAUCUGUCUCCAUCACUCCUUUGCAGAGACAUGUCUGCAGGACAGGAGGAGCUCAGGAGGGCUGUCUUGGCAGUACUUCCGGACCUACCUACUUCCGAACUACCUUGAUGGCAGGCCUGGAGGAACUUGGUGUAGAGAACAAGGAGGACAUGAGCCUUCUAAGUGAAGAGAAUCUUCUGCCCUUUCUCCGUGUGGUCCAGUCUAGAAAGCUCCUCCGUGCCUUUUCAUCUCAAGGUUACUUCUCAGCCCUGUCUCCUCCUGGCUCUCCACAACUCUCCUCAACCCUGUCCCCCGCGGGAAGUCCACAACUCUCCUCACCUGAGACACCCCGAACGUCCAACCCAAUAGCUCUUCCCUCACCACGCACACCAUGGCCUGUACAUUUUAAGGUUAACUGGGAAAAGAUGACGUCAGAGAUCCAGUCAGCCAUCGCAAAUUCUACUAGACCAAAUCCAGCCGCCAGAAGAGCGAUGGUCAGAGAGCUUGUCGAUCAAAUGAGGGUGCACAAUGCGAAUCCAAAUAGAGGGAUCUGUUUGAAAGUUGUAAACGAUAUAAUACAGAAGUACCCCACAUGUUUUGGGGAUGUGGAUGAUGGUGAAAAUACAGCUGGAGCAUCGCUCGUCCAGCAAGUAAAAACCAGAAUUGAGCACGUCAACCGAAACAACACAUUGGCACGGUUAAGAAAGAAUAAGCACAGCAAUCCCCAGGCGAGGACAAAUGGAAGAGGUCCUGUUGAUCAGUAUGGAUGUGUCCGAUGGGCACCUCAAGAACUCCCCUCAGGGGAGACUGAAGAAACCCUACAAGAGAUGAAGACUCAGAUGCAGCAGCUAUAUGCCCAGGAAGGAAUGUCAGGCGUGGAGAGAGGAGCGCUUCAGAGAUGGCUUCAGAGAACCUAUAUUCUCCAGCGUUGUGAUCUCAAUGCUGACCCUCCACACAGCGUCUCAAAAAUGAAGGACGACUGGCCCUUUCUCUUCUCCUUGAAGGGCCUGUUCUUGCAUUUCAGUGAGCUGACCGGAAUUCCUAUCCAGGAGAAGCUGCCAGCCACUAUAGACAACAGGAGUCAGAACAUCAUGGAGUACUUCAAACAGCAGAAGACACCAGGGGUGGGGAAGGUUCUGGAAGCCUACAAUGAAGAGAGUGGCAACAAAGCUGUCUGCACCAUCAUGUGCCUGCUUGCUCACUUUAAAGAGGAGGAUGGUAUCUUCCUUACGGCUGAUGAGAGAUACUGCGCGGCGCAGACACAUGGAUUAUGUCCAUGGAAGGAGCAUGUGUGAUGGGGCCCCACAGCAACCUCCUGCAUGGAUUGGCAGCACUCUUCGCUGCCUACUACGUCUUCAACUUGCAAUAUCCGGCAGAAGCCGCAAGCACACUUGAGUUCAUCCAGAGGUGUGUUUUAAACAUAGCACCGUCAUGAAAAUGUUCAUAGCAAUGACUUGAUAUAUGAAAGGAUCUUAAUCAAUGUUUAUGACUUUUCUGUAAUUUACAUUUUUGUUAGUUAGGGAUGUCAGUAAGUUGGCCCGGCCCACUUAAUACAAAAACAUAUUACUUCGCAUUUUGAGGGAUCAGAUUUUACACAUUACUUUAGGUAUAAGAAAAAACUCACACAUACAGACACUCACUCAAUCUCUCACAGUAUUCCGGCACCGUGCCGGAUCUCCGGCGUGACACGGUUGUGAAGAAAUUUUCAUCAGGAUAGAAAUUCGGGAAAGGUUUAUCAUUUUUGAGUUCCCCAAAACUCCAACCAGUGCACUCACAUCGCAGACCCUUGCAUCGAUAUCGUGCCAAGCCACAGACACACACACGCUCAUAUAGCCUACACCGACUCUGUCUCGCACGCACGCACGCACGCACGCACACACACACUAAUUCAUUCAUUGAUAAAGAUCCCUUAAUGUUUCAUGUCAUGGUAAUGACCAUCUCAACGUGUCUUAAAUGUUACCUGAUAAGUGUGUUUUCCCCCCCCCCUGUUUUCAGGGGGGGGAAAAAAUCCCAAUAUAUAAAUAAAUCCCCAGACGGGCAGCAAGGCAGAGAAAAAACGAGGGCUGAAUGCACCAGUUUGCACACUUUUGAGAAAACUGCUGGAUUUUGAAUUGGUGGGUAGGGGACAUUAGUGGACAGGGGACAUUAAUGGACAGGGGACAUUAGAGGACAUUUGUGGAUGGGGGACAUUAGAGGACAUUUGUGGACGGGGGACAGAGGACAUUAGUGGACAGGGGACAUUAGAGGACAUUUGUGGACGGGGGACAUUAGAGGACAUUUGAGGACAUUUGUGGACGGGGGACAUUAGAGGACAUUUGUGGACGGGGGACAUUAGUGGAAAGGGGGCAUUAGUGGACAGGUGACAUUAGAGGACAUUAGUGGAAAGGGGACAUUAGUGGACAGGGUACAUUAGAGGACAUUAGUGGACAGGGGACAUUAGAGGACAUUAGUGGGCAGGGGACAUUAGAGGACAUUUGUGGGCAGGGGACAUUAGGUUUAAC